AACAGUGCGUGUUUGCUUGUAUUUUGUUCUCUUUUCUGGGUGUUUUAUUAAAUGAAACAUGGUGUCCUAUUUCACAAUCGACGCUACCGGCGAGGGGACAAAUUUUCAAAAAGAAAUUUCGAACAUGAUGCACGGAUUCGGAGACAAUCCCAACCCGAACGCUGCCACCGUGGUUCUUGUCGAAAACGUAGUUUUACAACAGCUCCGGACUAUGUUACAAGAGGCUUGGGCGCUAUGCAAUGCAAGAGGUGGGAAGGCUAUUUCUAACUACGAUAUUAUUUAUUUAAUGCGGAAAAAUGUAAUAAAAUUGAAACGCUUGCAUGACUACCAAAUUAAGUUAGACACGUUAGAUAAAGGCAGGCAAGUUCCUUCAGGGACGACAGCGGAGACUCUCAACUCAUUAAUGUUAGAAGAUGAUAUCGAUCCUCAAAACAGAAAAAGACGGACACACAUAGACAUAAUAAAAGAAGUAGAUGAGUUUGAUGAAGUUAGCCAAAUCAAGUUUGACACAAUAGACUAUUUAAGAAAAGUGAGAGCUGCGAAAUUGACUGAGUCAAUGUCCUUCGAGAAAUAUGAAGCAUACCAUAAAGCAAGAUGUAGUUCUUUUCGGUCCGGGAAUCAAUUGGUCAAAGGCUACGCUAAAUUAGAACGGUGGAUAAACCCGAACAAAGAAUUGAAGAUUACAAUGUUCGCACUUGAAGUAUUAUGUUUCAUAGCAUAUGAAACGGUAGCAGAAAUAGUAGAUGCAGUAUUUCUGAUAAGGCAAGAUGCUAAAAAGAAGAAUGGUGAUCCGUUCAGUAAGUAUGAAGGCGGGCAUUUCUGUAACCCGUUAAGCUUAAACAAUGCAGUUUACAUCAAAUCUGGGUAUGAGGGAGUGCCGGCUAUUACAGUGGCAGAAGUCAGAGAAGCAUUGAGAAGAUAUUUCUCACCAAGUACUGGCAUGAAUGGGUUAUUUUAUAGAAAUAUGUCAUUAGAUUUACCUACAAGAUAUCUCAUAUUGUAAUUAAAUACUUAUUGUAAGUGCUAGAUCCUCCAGCUGCCCAGAGGCCUAUAAAAAUCUCCCAUUCCAUUCAAUUUUGAUUCUUUAUUUUGACAAAUUAAAAUUGCUAUUGUCUUGGCAUGUUUUGCUGUGUGGGCUAGAGCAGCGGUCGGUAACAAGCGGCCCGCGGGCCGCAUGCGUCCCGCGAACCUCUCGCUUGCGGCCCGCGAGCAUCCCUGGCUAUUUUGUAUGUAAUAUUGACAAACGACAAUGUCUGCUAAAAUUACAAAUAUUACCAAUUCGGCCCGGCCGGCAAUGCGGCCCGCGUCACCUUCGUUAACUACUAUG